AAUUCGGGCGCCAGGAGAAGAAGGCAAAGAGGCUCCGACAGGGUGUUUUGUGACAAAGACAAGACACCCAGGUCCACUUAGAGCGAGGCAGGUAGAGGAGGUGGCCAGGCGGACUCCCACACCUCCCUACAAUAUGGAUUAUAAGUCAAGCCUGAUCCAGGAUGGGAACCCCAUGGAGAACUUGGAGAAGCAGCUAAUCUGUCCCAUCUGCCUGGAGAUGUUUACCAAGCCGGUGGUAAUCUUGCCAUGCCAGCACAACCUCUGCCGGAAGUGUGCCAGUGACAUCUUUCAGGCUGCAAAUCCCUACUGGACCAACCGAGGCAGCUCAGUGUCCAUGUCUGGGGGCCGUUUCCGCUGCCCCUCCUGCCGCCAUGAGGUGAUCAUGGACCGUCACGGCGUGUACGGCCUGCAGAGGAAUCUGCUGGUGGAGAACAUCAUUGACAUCUACAAGCAGGAGUGCUCCAGUCGGCCCCUGCAGAAGGGCAGCCACCCCAUGUGCAAGGAGCACGAAGAUGAGAAAAUCAACAUCUACUGCCUCACGUGUGAGGUGCCCACAUGCUCCAUGUGCAAGGUGUUCGGGGCCCACCAGGCCUGUGAGGUGGCCCCGCUGCAGAGCGCCUUCCAGGGACAAAAGAGUGAGCUGAGUAACUGUAUCUCCAUGCUGGUGGCAGGGAAUGACCGCGUACAGACGAUCAUCACUCAGCUGGAGGACUCCUCCCGAAUUACCAAGGAGAACAGUCACCAGGUGAAGGAAGAGCUGAGCCAGAAGUUUGACGUACUGUAUGCCAUCCUGGAUGAGAAAAAGAGUGAGCUGCUGCAGCGGAUCACGCAGGAGCAGGAGGAGAAGCUCAGCUUCAUCGAGGCCCUCAUCCAGCAGUAUCGGGAGCAGCUCGACAAGUCCACCAAGCUGGCGGAGACAGCCAUCCAGUCCCUGGAUGAACCUGGUGGGGCCACCUUCCUCUUGAGUGCCAAGCAACUCAUCAAAAGCAUUGUGGAAGCUUCCAAGGGUUGCCAGCUGGGGAAGACAGAGCAGGGCUUUGAAAACAUGGACUACUUUACUUUGGACUUAGAGCACAUAGCAGACGCCUUGAGGGCCAUCGACUUUGGGACAGAUGAGGAAGAGGAAGAGUUCAUUGAAGAAGAUCUGGAAGUGGAAGAGUCCACAGAAGGGAAGGAAGAAGGACACCAGUAAGAAGCUGGAUGAGUGAGAGACCCUCUAGAUGCAGAGAGACUGGGGAGGGUGGGAAUGGGCCCAGCUGCCUCGUUGACAGGCCCAGGGUGGGAGGGGUCGGGGCCCCUGGAGGGGCAAUGGGGAGGUGUGUCUUCUCUCUGCUCAGAGUGUAGGACCCCCACUGCUGUGGCCAGCGGCCACUGAACCAGAAUUGGAAACGUGCUUGAAACAGUCACACAGGACACUUUUUUACGUUGGUGCAAAAUGGAACAUUUUGUACAUUUUUAAAAUGUGAUUUUUGUAUAUACUUGUAUAUGUAUGCCAAUUUGGUGCUUUUUGUAAAGGAAUUUUGUAUGAUAAUGCCUGGUCAUUGUAUGACUGGUGAUUGUCAGAAAGAGGGAAAGGAAGCCAGGUUGAUACAGCCACCUCUUCCUUUCCUUGGAGGAAGUGCUGGGGAGCACCCAUGGGUCUAGAAAGGACAACGUACUGUAAUUCAGUGCCUAUCCCCAACACAUGGGGUGGUAACUGGGUUUGUGUUAUAUGUUGUUUUAAUAAAUGCACAACGCUCUCUUCGUGUUAUUACAAA